AUGACAGAGUGUCUCGGAGGGUGUCCCUUCAAGAAGGCCCACCCGCUGUGGAUCACCACCCAGGGGCCCCACAAGGCUGUGUGCUCAGUCCUCUGCUCUUCACUCCACUGCACACCAACCUACAGCUCCAACCACCUCGUUAAGUUUGCGGACGACACAACUCUGGUGGGUCUCGUCACCAAGGGCGACGAGACUCACUACAGGAAAGAGAGAGGCCACACUCAACACCUGCCACUGACCAUCGGUGGUGCUGCAGUGGAGAGAGUAAGGAGCACCAAAUUCCUGGGGGUGCACAUCAGUGAGGACCUGUCAUGGACUACCAACACCGCAUCACUGGUGAAGAAGGCCCAACAGCGCCUCUACUUCCUGCGAAAACCCAUCCUGACCACUUUUUACAGAGGCACCAUUGAAAGCAUCCUUUCUAGCUGCAUCACUGUGUGGGGCGGGAGCUACACUCAACACAAUAAGGAAACGGGGGGAGCACGCUCGGCCGGACCGGAGCCCGGCCUCGAACUGGCGGAGGAGGUAUGUGGAGAGACACCGCCGACAGGCCGACAACGGGCGGAAAGCAGCAGCGCGGGCCCACCUGGAGGCCGGGAGGCCGGGCAUGCGGCGGCGAAGAGAGGCGUGACACACGCGGAGCGACACCGCAGCAGCAAUCCGAGCCAGGCCUCGGGGGGUCCAGGCGCCGUCAGGGACUGGGGGGAGGCUGCAUGGAUUCCCGCUCUGCCGUCAUUACUGGUGACCGGGUUGUCGUCCACCGCCAUUUCGUCGAUCGCCAUUUCGCCAACCGCCGCCGAGCCGCUGUCCGGGUCCAACGUGACGGAAGAAGCGUCCACGUGCCCACUGGGGUAUUUCCCCUGUGGCAACCUGACCAAGUGUCUUCCACAAGUCUUGCACUGCAACGGCGCCGACGACUGCGGCAACCAAGCGGACGAGGAGAACUGUGGAGACAACAACGGGUGGCCUCAUCUCCUGGACAAAUACUUUGGGAUGCCGAGCCACAACACGGGGACAAAGUCCAACGUGUGCUUGCUGGGCAGUAUUCCCGAGCUGUGCCAGUGUCUGGACCUGGAACUGGACUGUGAGGGGGCGCAGUUCCACGACGUCCCAGCGGUGGCCGUCAACGUCACCCUGAUGUCCUUGCAGAGGAAUCAUCUCCAGCGACUGAAAACAGACGACUUUUUCAUGUACCAGAGUCUGCAAAAACUAUACCUGCAGCACAACAGGAUUGCAGAAGUGAGUCCAGGUGCAUUCAGAGGGCUGUAUAAUCUCACAAGGCUAUAUUUGAACCACAACAAGAUUUCCAUCUUGAAGCCCGGUGUGUUCAGGGACCUGCACAAGCUGGAGUGGUUGAUCUUAGAAAACAACAACAUCCAUCAAGUCUCCUCCAAGGCCUUUUCUGGCCUCAACUCGCUGGUCUUGUUGGCUUUGUUGAACAACUCUCUGACCAGGCUGGAAGACGUCUGUCAAGAAAUGCCCAGGCUGAACUGGCUGGACAUGGAGGGGAAUCUUAUCGAGAGGCUUGACGACGUCUCUUUCUACUCGUGCAGCAUGCUGACAGUUCUGGUUCUGCAGCGCAACAAGAUCAGUCACAUUCAAGAGCAGGCCUUCUCCGUCCUCCAAAAGCUUGGAGAGCUAGAUCUUUCCAGCAACAGACUGAUGAAGAUUCCUCCUAAUCUCUUUGUCCUGCUGGGGGAUUUGCUUCAACUAAAUAUUUCUUACAAUCCCAUAGUGGAGCUUCAAGUGGAUCACUUUGACAAACUGCACAGACUGAAAUCAUUGAGCAUAGAGGGCAUCGAAAUCGGGAACAUUCAACGCCGCAUGUUUGAGCCUCUGCAACAUCUGACUCACAUAUACUUCAAGAAGUUCCAGUACUGCGGCUACGCGCCGCACGUGCGCAGCUGCAAGCCCAACACGGACGGCAUCUCCUCCUUCGAGGACCUGCUGGCCAACAUCGUGCUGAGGGUCUUCGUCUGGGUGGUCUCGGCCACCACCUGCCUGGGCAACGUCUUCGUCAUCUGCAUGCGCUCGUACAUCCGCUCGGAGAACAAGCUGCACGCCAUGUGCAUCAUCUCCCUCUGCUGUGCAGACGGGCUGAUGGGAAUCUACCUCUUCAUGAUCGGCGCGUACGACCUAAAGUUCCGCGGCGAGUACAACCGCCACGCCCAGGCCUGGAUGGACAGCAGUCAGUGUCAGGUGAUCGGCUCCCUGGCCAUGCUGUCCACAGAGGUUUCGGUCCUGCUGCUCACCUACCUCACGUUGGAGAAGUACAUCUGCAUUGUCUACCCUUUCCGAUAUUUGACGCCGGGUUGGCGGCGCACGGUCACCAUCCUGCUGGGGAUUUGGGUGUUUGGGUUCGUGGUGGCCUUCCUGCCGCUGGUGAGCAAGGGGCUGUUUCGAAACUUCUACGGGACCAACGGCGUCUGCUUCCCGCUGCACUCGGAGCAGCCCGAGACGGCGUGGGCUCACGUCUACUCCAUCGUCAUUUUCCUGGGCCUGAACCUGGUGGCGUUCCUGAUCAUCGUCCUCUCCUAUGCAAGCAUGUUCUACAACAUCCAGCGAACGGGCAACCAGACCGCCAUGUACAGCAACCACAUCAAGAAGGAGGUGACCAUCGCCAAGCGCUUCUUCUCCAUCGUCAUCACCGACUCCCUCUGCUGGAUUCCCAUCUUCGUGCUCAAGAUUCUGUCGCUGCUGCAGGUGGAAAUUCCCGGUACCAUUAGCUCGUGGGUGGUGGUGUUUAUCCUCCCCAUCAACAGCGCCCUCAACCCCAUCCUCUACACGCUGACCACGCGUCCCUUUAAGGAGACGCUCAUGCAGGUCUGGGCCAACUACAGACAGAGGAGGCCGGCGGUCAGCACCCAUCCCGUCCAUCAUCCCUCACUCACCUGGCAGGAGAUGUGGCCGCUGCAGGACGCCCAACCCGUCCCCGCCGCGGCGGGGCAUCAGGAACCCACGCUGCCCCCUGUGGAAAAUAACCGCAAUGACACGGGAGCACGUGGGCCGCGUGAGAUCAAAAGCGCCGAAGCACAGUGA